AUGGUGCCGAGGUUGGCCUCCUGGUUGGUGGUGGCGGUGAUAGUGACCCUAUGCGCCGUAGGACCGUGUGAGGCUAAGAAGUGCGGUAUCAUCUGUCGCGUGCGGGAUCCGGUCGCUAUUGGCAGCAGCACCAUGUUGAAGGAGUGCCUGUAUGAGGUGUAUCCGGUCGAGAGUACCCAGAACGCGGCCGGUGCGGUGAUGAACCUACACGCGAACGGUGACCGACGCAACCGGUUGUUCUCGCUGUAUGGAGGUCCUAGCUCAUGCGAGUACUUCGGUACUAUGAUCCAGACGGCUAAGGGCCGUGACACGCUUAUCGAGACGAUCCGGCGCCAGCUGCAAAAGAGCGGAUUCAAGGGGCUUGAUCUUCAGUGUGAUCCUGUCCAGGCGCAUGUAUCUCAGCAGCUGUACGCUGACUUCAUGGAGCAACUGCGUAGUUACCUAGGCAACACGUACGUCAUCAUGGUGACAAUGAGCAGCUGUCAACCGGAACCGGCGCUAGUUAAAUCGUUCAAUCAGGCGGUCGAUUUUGUAACGCUCAACUCCGCUGAAAUGCCAUCAAUGUUGACGAAUGCACUCAUGUUUGGAUUGGCGCGCCAUCGCGUGCUGCUGACGACUCCCUAUCCGGCCUCGAUUCGAUGCCCGCUAAACAACGACCAUUCGCUGAACGAGAUGCUCAACCAGGUCGAGCAUCAUAACCUGUUCGGUGCGGUCGUCCAGCUGGACCGGGACGACGUGAACAACGUGUGCGGUGAGGGUCCGUUCCCACUGUUCCGGAAGGUGUUGGAUCGUCUCUGCCCCGACGCCGAGUGCAACUUCAGUGGGUUCGUGCGUGACACUCGCGACUGCGGACAGUACUACUCCUGCGACAAUGGAUUCAAAACGACACACAGCUGCCUGCCCGGUUACGGUUUCGAUUUGUGCAAGAGCACCUGCGAGCCGUUCAUGCAGGUACACUGCAACAGCACCACGUGCCUCGUCUCUGGAGGACUCCCGAACGGGCUGGUCCCGAUUCCGUACCCGAUCCCGUUCCCGAUCGCUAACCCCAACUGUCCGCUCAUGGGAGGCGGCGGUGGCAACAAUGGCGGCAACAACGGUGGCAACAACAACAACACCAACGGAGGAAACCAAACGUCGGAUUGCUGCUGCGCAGCGCUAACGAACCUCACCACCAUCCUGACCGGUACGGGCCAGUUUUCGAAGCUAAUUCAGUUCGUUAAGGACAUCAAGCUUGACGACACGGCCGGCCAGAUCAGUGACGCGCUCGUUACGAUCAAACCCCUGCUGGCUAACAUCGUGCAGGCCCUCAACAACCUGCUCGCGUCGAUUUUGGGCGGACAGCAGAUGAUGAACAGCACGAUGGGUACCAUGACGGAUGCGAAAGUCGGCUCGAAUCUGCUGGUUGAGCUGGUGAACCUGAUCGUAACGAUUCUACGGAACGUACUGGGCGGUCUCACAACCGGUGGUGCUGCUGGUGAUCCACUUGGUGGACUCACCGGGUUGUUGGGUUCGCUGCUUGGUGGUGGUGGAGGCGGUGGUGGUGCCACGGCUAUGACCGGCACAGGAACUCCGACCGGUCCUGCAGCUACGGCUGUUGCUGGUGUACCAACGGGGGCCAUGGCUAGUACCGGUACCGGAAUGCCAGCUGUCGCGGCUGCCGGUGCUGGCAGUGUUAUGGCAAAUGCCGUUAACAGUGGUCCUAAUUUGCUUAAUCUGGCCGGAGCCGGCGCGUUGACAGCCCUGUAG